AUGGAUGAAGCUUAUAAGCUAUUAGAUGAAAUGAAAAAGAAGGGUUUCUCUCCAUCGAUUGUGACUUACAACACUUUGAUCAAUGGUCACACUGUAAAUGGGCACAUGGAGGAUGCUUUAGGAGUUCUUGAUGAUAUGAGUAAAACCGGAUUAACCCCAGAUGUUGUAAGUUAUAGCACAAUUAUAACUGGUUUUUGUAGAAAUCAAGAGCUAGAUAGAGCUUAUGAAACAAUAAGCCAAAUGGUCGCAAAAGGUGUUUUACCCGACACUAUCACAUAUUCGUCACUAAUUAAAGGUCUUUGUGAUCAAAGAAAACUAACAGAAGCUUGUGAUGUUUUUCAACAAAUGUUAAGAAACGGUUUGCCACCUGAUGAAUGUACAUACACAGCUUUGAUAAACGCUUAUUGUGUGGAAGGAGAUACUGUAAACGCCCUCCAUUUGCACGAUGAAAUGCUUAAAAAAGGUUUGCUCCCAGAUGUUGUCACUUACAGUGUGUUGAUUAAUGGCCUUUCCAAGAAAGCAAGAACCCUUGAAGCAAAACAGAUUCUUUUCAAGUUGUAUUAUGACAAUGGUGUUCCGGAUGAUGUCACCUACGAGACAUUGAUAGAGAAUUGUGGUAACAUGGAGGCGAAGAGUGUGGUGGCUCUAAUAAAAGGGUUCUGUAUGAAGGGGUUAAUGAAUGAAGCAGAUAAGGUGUUUGAUAAAAUGCUUCAGAGAAAGGAAGAGCCUGGGGAAGCUGUUUAUAAUAUUAUGAUACAUGGGCAUUGUAAAGGUGGGAACUUGAGGAAAUCUUUUGAUCUUUAUAAGAAGAUGGUGAGUCAUGGAUUUGUUCCUCAUACUGCUACAAUUAUUGCUUUGAUUAAAGAACUUAUAAGAGGCGAAAUGAUGGUGGAAUCGAGUGAAGUUAUAGAAAAUGUGUUGAGAAGUUGUAGGAUUAGUGAUGGUGAAGUUGCAAAAGCUCUUGUUGAGAUAAACCAUAAACAAGGAAACAUGGAUGCUGUGUUUAAGAUUCUUUCUGAAAUGGCUAAAGAUGGACUUCUUCCAAAUAGUGGCAAAACUGCCUAUGCUCAAUGA